AUGGAACCCAAUGAUAACUUACAUUUAGUAACUGCAACAGGUGAGAAACGUCCAUUUGUUGGUAGUUGUACUGUCAAUAUAACGGUUGGAUCAUUUAAUUUUAAACACCAGUUCUUAAUAGCUGAAAUAACACAAAGAGUAAUAUUAGGGAUGGACUUUUUAAGUAAAAAUUCAAUCAAUUUUUUGUUAGAAAAUAAAUGUAUGAGCAUUAAAGGAGAAAAAGUACCAAUCUAUUCUUUCCAAGAGGGACAGAAUAAAGAGUGUAGUAGAGUAUCUAUUGCUGAAGAUACCAUUAUUCCUGCACUCUCUGAGACCAUUAUAUUAGGAAACGUAAUAGAUCCCAUUCCAAAUACAAAUACAGUAUAUGUUGAACCAAGUGACAAAUUCACAGAAAAGUAUGAAGCAUUGGUGGCUAAAACAUUAGUUAAUCCUAGUAAGGGAAUAAUUCCAUUAAGAAUUUUAAACGUUAAUGAUACUGAUCUAAAGCUUUACAAGAAUUCUGUGGUCGCCAACAUUGAGACUGUUCAUGACGAGGAAUUAAUAGAAGGUCAUGUAGAUGCUGUGCAUGUUAACGAAGUGAACAUGUAA